AUGAAUGUACAGGAUAGUGAGGAAGUCUAUGUGGGUGGGGAUUUUAAUGGUCACGUAGGAAGAGAGAGCGAUGGAUAUGAGAGAGUGCAUGGGGGUAGGGGUUUUGGAAUCCGGAAUGCAAGCGGUGAAACAUUACUACAAGCUGCCUGUGCCUUCGACCUGACCAUAACAAACACGUGGUUCAAUAAACGAGAGGAGCACUUCGUGACAUAUAAGAGCGGCCACCACACGACACAGAUAGAUUACUUCCUAGUGAAGCGGAGUAGUCUAUACUGUGUCAAAAACUGCAAAGUGCUGCCAGGCGAAGCACUAGUCACUCAGCACCGACUUGUGAUCCUGGAUGUCAAAAUAACUGUCUCGCUCAAAAGCAACAAAGAUCGGCCCCCUCCAAGGAUUAGGUGGAGUAUGCUAGAGAAGGAAGAAUUGAAUGCAAGCCUGAAGGAUGAAAAAAAGAGAAUCUACAUGGAAUGGAAGAAAAAAGCAAAAAAGGCGGUAGCAGUUGCCAGAGCUAAGGCGCAGGAGAGGUUGUACAACUCCCUGGACAGUUCAAGAGGCCAAAAAGUGCUCUACCGAAUUACGAAAGAGAGAGACGCUCGAGGGACAUAA